AUGCAAACAACAACUACAUAUUUACAUCGAGUAGAUUCAUCAUCAUCAGCGCGUCGUAUGAUUAUUGUUCGACAGAAUAAAGAGAAACCGACAACUUCACCGAAUACAUUAAAUAUUGAAAAAAAAAAUCUUCAGCAAUUAUCAAUUAUUGAUACUUCUGUUUUAACGAUAAAAAAAAACCUCGGAAAUCACUAUUCAAGUAGGUUCGAAAGUAUGCGCCGUCGAAAAAUUAAAGAUUCAUCUUCAAUUGGUGAUCAACGAAUAUGUACAAAAGAAAAUUGUUUAUCAUGUUGUAAAAAAUUUACUGCAUUUAUGUUUUCACGUGUUGGUCUUUUUUUUGUUAUGAUUGGUUAUGUUGCAUUAGGCGGUUGGUUAUUUCAAGCACUUGAAGCUCAUAAUGAACAAGAUAUGCGUCGUUCAAUGAGUGAAAAACUUAAUUUAACACUUGAUAAAUUAUGGGAGGAAAUUUUACGUGUUAAUUCAUAUCCAUAUCAUGAUAAAAAAGGAAAUUUUACAUUAAAUGCAACAGAAGAACUUGAAAAAUUUGAAGCAACAGUUAUUCAACAAGUACAACAAGGUUUUGAUGGACGAACAAAACCAGGUGCUGAUCCGGAUUGGAAUUUUUUUGGAGCAAUACUCUAUGCUGUUACACUUGUAUCAACUAUAGGUUAUGGUCAUAUAACAACAAAAACUAUACCAGGAAAAGUUGCUACUGUACUUUAUAGUGCAUUUGGUGUACCAUUAAUGAUGCUUUUUGUUGCAAAUAUUGGUUCAACAAUGGCAAAAUUAUUUGCUUUUGUAUUUAGUCGUCUGUAUAUGAUAUUUUGUUGUCGAUGGAAAAAUAAAAAAAAACGAAGAAAUUUAAAAAAAUCUCAACAAAAAAAUAAUCAAAUAUCAAUUAUAGUUGAUGAACAAAAAUCAAUAACAAAAUCAAAUUUAAAAUAUACUAAAGAUGAUCAAGAAGUCGUAGAAAAAAUUUUAAUUGAUAACAAUAAUGAUCAGUCAUCGAAUGUUCAUUUACAAACACAAAUUAAUUCAUCUAGUCAAUAUAAGAAAAUUUCAACAACAGAUACAAAACAAUUACCAGCUGAUAUUCGUUUAGAUAUGUUAACAGGAGUUGCAAUAAAUAAGACAAAAUCUCGUUCAUCAACAUCACCAACAAAUACAGUUGGUGAACGAUCAAAAGAUGCACUUGUUCGUAUAAAUGAACUUAUUCGACAAAAUUCCGUCCAAGAUGUUGAAAAACAAGUAAAUGAUGAAAUUUUUAAUGAUAAUGAUGUUUUAUUAACAUUAACUAAACAUGAUGAACGACGAUCAUCUAAUGAUAUUAGUCCAAUACAAUUUUAUAUUAAUGAAACAAAUAAAUUAACGAGUAAUUUAGAAAGUUCACUUCAUGAUAAAACUAUUAUAAAAUCAGAACAAGAAAAACAAAAUAUUACAAAUCUAGAUGAUACGACUAUUCAACAAACAAAAAAGAAAGAAUUCCUCUUAUGUCUUGCUCGAGCAACAAAUGGACGUUUUGUUUUUAUUCCACCAAAAAGUAAUGUCGAUGUUUAUGUUGGUGAACAAUUACAAAAGGCUCUACAAUCUUGUAUCACAUACAUUAAAGUAAAAUGGAAUUUUGGUACUGAAGUGAUGAGUGCACCAACAAAAAUGCCACCAGUCUAUGUAAAUGAUCGUCUGAUUGCUUAUGCACUUGUGAAUGAUACAAUGCUUGUUUUCAAUCAUAACUCAAGUGUCGAACUAAAUACUGAUCGAAGUCAAAUAGGUCAAGCAAAAAUUGAUUCUAUACCAAAAGUGGUCAUCAAUGGAACAAUUGCUCGACUCGCUGCCAAAGCACUCAUUCUCGAAUUACAACAUUCUAAACUUAAGCAAACCAAUGUAGGUUCGUUACAACCUCGAUUUCAACAAGAUCCGCCAUCAACAACACCAAUAAUGAUGACUGAAGAAAAAGAAAUGACAAAGAAACGCAUCAUUGAUCUUUCACUCAAAUAUCAAAUUUUGAGUCUACACACGGCUGUCAUUGGUGUUGAAAAAUGA